AUGUCUCCCAAAGUGCCUACUGGCCAAGGCAGAGGGGAGUAUUCUGCCGUGCAAGUGGCUGUCCGAGUGCGUCCCCUGCUGCCUAAAGAGCUUCUACACUGCCACGAAAGCUGUAUCACCGUGGAUCCUGAGUUGUGUAGGGUUACGCUGGGUCAUGACCGACACUUUCUUUGCGACUUCCUAUUUGAGGAAACUUGCAAUCAGGAGGAGGUUUAUUCUGUGUCUGUCCAACCGCUCAUAGAUUCCUUCUUCCAAGGUUUCAAUGCCACAGUCUUUGCAUAUGGACAGACAGGGUCAGGCAAGACUUAUACCAUUGGGGAAGCUAAUAUUUGUUCCUUUAGCGAUGAGGAACAGGGCAUCAUCCCCAGGGCGGUUGCAGAUAUCUUCAAGCUGCUAGAUGAAAAUGACCUCACAGACUUCUCUGUCCGAGUCUCCUAUCUCGAGGUUUACAAAGAGGAGUUCAAGGAUUUGCUGGAAGUUGAGACUGCCAGCAAGGACAUCCACAUCCGGGAGGAUAAAUGCAACAUUGUUUUGUGCGGUAUAAAGGAAUGUGAAGUGGAGGGUCUUGAUGAGGUGCUGAGUUUACUGGAGUCUGGAAACACAGCCAGGCACACUGGUGCAACCCAGAUGAAUCCAAAUUCCAGCAGGUCCCACACCAUUUUUACUGUGUACAUGGACCAACGUCGGGGAAGCUCUCGCCUUUAUGGGACUUCUGGAAGUUCUGGACCACAAAUGUUGUCUUCCAAGUUCCACUUUGUUGAUCUGGCAGGGUCAGAGCGCAUCUUAAGGACAGGAAACACUGGAGAGAGACUGAAGGAGAGUAUCCAGAUCAACAGCGGUCUUUUAGCUCUGGGAAAUGUUAUUGGGGCACUGGGGGAUGCCAAGAGGAAAGGCUCUCACAUACCAUACAGAGAUUCUAAAAUUACAAGGAUACUAAAAGAUUCUUUGGGAGGAAAUUCAAAAACCCUGAUGAUUGCCUGCAUCAGUCCAUCUUCCUCAGAUUUUGAUGAGAGCCUGAAUACACUAAACUAUGCUACAAGGGCAAGAAACAUUCAGAACCGUGCUACAGUUAACUACAAGCGUGAGCCAGAUCGUGUGGAAGGGCUGGAGCAACAAAUCAAGGCCCUUCGCAGAGCCCUCGAAAACCGCCAACGUUCAGAGACCCGCAUAAUCUCUCACGCUGAUCCAAACAGGAGACCUCGGCUUGGAGAGGGAGAGAUAAGCAGACUGCAAGUCCAGAGCGCUCACUAUAGGACCUGCACAGACACUGCUUACAGGUUGCUGCGGGAGCUGCUGAGUGAAGGGGCUCUAACUACAGAACAGAGUCUGAGAGUGAAGGAGUGGCUUUGUUCAGUGGAGGAGGAGCGAAGUGGGUUGACCACGGCUUCCGGGCCAGACAGCGGUAUUGAGAACAUCUCCACUGAGGACAGUGCUGGCUUGAGGAGGAGUAGGCCUUCUGUAAGGAACCAGGACACAGGAGCUGUGGAAGAGCGGUGGAGCCAUGACCCCGAAAGUGAAAAAGAUGGAGAGAAAGACGAUACUAUUGCACAUCUUCAGUCACAGAUCCAGCGGUUAGAGAGGGAGAACACCGACUUUCUAGCAGCUCUGGAGGAUGCUAUGGAGCAAUACAAGCAGCAAAGUGAUAAACUGCAGGAGCAGCAGGACCUGAUAGCAGAUCUACAGUGUCAGCUCUGUACUGCAGGACUGAUGGGCCUGAGUCUUAACAUGAGGCUGCGGCCACACACUGCCCCUAUGGGCUCCAUGCAGCACAGUCAGAAUGGAGGCACCUGCAGACAGGUCAGUCCAGUGGGAUACCUCAGUAAUGGGCCUUACACUGAUCAGGAUGGGAAACUGUACGAGGAGCAGGAGAACUCAGGUGGAGCAGAAAUGCAUCACAGGGAAAAAGAGGGCUGUCAUUUUGGCCAAGAGCGAUCCAAGCAGGUGAAUCUGACUUGGACCAAGCGGGACAUGCAGUCAGGAGGAUUACCAACUGCUGGCAAAGGGCUGGAGCCAGACCAGCACCCCUGUUUAGCCAGAAAAGCAUCCAACUCCAGUAGUGGGGAAAGUCUGAAAAGCUUUGAAGGCGUUUCAGAGUGGGGACUACUUCAGGCACAACAGAAGAUCAGGGAGCUCUCUGUCACCAUUCGCAUGAAAGAAGAACUCAUUAAGGAGCUUGUCAAAACAGGUAAGGACGCACAGGCGCUGAACAAGCAGUACAGCCAUAAGAUCACAGCACUGGAGAGUGAAGCUGUGCAGGCUCGACAGGAGCUGCAGGAGGCCCAGCGGCAGCUGCAGGAUCUAGAGAGGCAAGAGAGAGAGAUCAGCGCCGCAGACAAGACCAGAGCUCAGGAAUGUCGCAGGAAGAUAGCUGCUGCUCAGAGCAAAGUUCAGGUAUUGAGUCAGCGUCAGAGGGACACGGCCCGUCUUGCCAACCUUCCUGCCCAGAGUGAACGGCGUGUGUUAGAGCUGGAGAGAAGUGUCCAGUCUAUGAGACAGCAGCAGGAGCAGCUGCAAAAGCGACUGCGCCAGGAAAGUCAGCAGAAGCGUCGUCUGGAGAACGAAAUGCAGCAGAGAACUCACAGAGUCAAGGAACUUGAAAUAAAGAAUGAGCAGCAGCAGAAGAUCCUGAAGAUAAAGACUGAAGCGAUCGCAGCGUUCCAGAGGCAGAGACGCAGUGGCAGUAAUGGCUCUGUCAUCUCAUUAGAAGAGCAACAGAAGAUUGAGGAACAAAAGCGCUGGCUGGAUGAGGAGAUGGAGCGGAUACUAGAACAGAGGAGAGGACUGGAAGAUCUGGAGGGAGAGCUGACAAAAAGAGAGGAAAUCCUGGCCAAGAAAGAAGCCUUGCUACAGGAACGCAGUGGUUUGGAGACCAAGAGGCUCCGCUCCAGUCAGGCCCUAAGUAAAGAUUUGGUGAUGCUUACCGGGCGCAUUGAAUCACUCGAGCAAGAGUUGAGUGAGAGGAAUGGUCUCCUUCGCAGUAGCAGUGCUCAGGACUCCCAGCAGAUCCGCCAAGAGAUCUCCAACCUACGUCAAGAGAAAGAUUCACUGCUUAAACAACGAGUUGAGCUGGACGAUAAACUGCGGCAGGGUAACCUCCUCUCACCCGAGGAGGAGCGAACCCUCUUCCAACUGGAUGAGGCAAUUGAGGCUCUGGAUGCAGCUAUUGAGUACAAGAAUGAAGCCAUCACUCAAAGACAGAGACAGCUUAGGGCUUCUGCCAGCAUGCUCUCCCAGUGGGAAAUGAACCUCAUGGCCAAGCUCAGUUACUUGUCUGCCUCUGAGACUAGAGCUCUGCUGUGCAAGUACUUUGACAAGGUGGUGUCUCUGCGUGAGGAGGAACGUAAGCUGCAACUUGCCCUAGCUGAGCUCGAGAUGCAACUAGAUGAGCAGCAGAGGCUGGUGCAGUGGUUGGAAAAUGCCCUCGAUCGCACACAACUCGACACAGAUCGCCGGCUUACACAGCAGCAGAAGGAACAUGAGAGGAGUGUGCAGCUCUUACUGCAGCAGUGUCGAGAACAAAUGGAUGAGGGCCUGUUAGGGCGGCAGCGGCAGUAUGAGGGAUGGAUCCUCAACCUCAGCAGGGAACUGAACCAUUACAAGGCGGCUAAUCUGGAACUAAACAACAAACUGAGGGAACUCUGCGGGUCCGCCAGUCAACCAAAAGAGCAUCCUAAAGUCGUGUCAUCUGAUAGUAAGCCUGUGAAUGUUGGCAGCAUGGAAAAGCUUCCCCGUUGCCCUGACGACAGCUCAGGAGGCAGAGGGGCGGGGCAGCUGGACAGACCUUCCAAGUCUAGGGAGGAAAUGCGGGAGCUGGUUAACACCCCUCUCCCAUCCACAUGGAGGCGCUCUUCUCUCCCGACAGAGGAACCUGCCGUCAUGGAGGAGCUGUGGCUUCAGGUGGCUGGGGACGGCCCUGUUAAGCGUGUAGGUCAAACUGCUGUGGGGUCUUGGAGUGGGCCGACAUCCCUGCCUGUGGUUAAAUCUCGCAGAGAGUCUCGUCGCUCCAGCCUCAACAUUGGACCACUGACCUCAAACAAUGUAUUAAUUGACGUACGAAAGAACCCCGUCUGAAAGUACAUUUAAUAUGUAACUCAAGACCAUUUGCAUGUAUUUUUGCUCUGUGUUUGAUCAAAGACUUUGUUGCUUUGUCAGUCUUUUAGCUUUUUUUAUGUGAAUUUUGUACUUUAAAUAUUGAACACCCACUGAUUCUAUACAAAGCACUUUCCACUAAGUUUAUUUUCUACCAUACAGAUGGUAGCUAUGUGGUCUUAUAAUGUGGCUCAUUUGCAUCAGUGCAAAGUUAGUGUUUAUCUUUCUCUUAUCAUGUAGUUUUUUGACCUUCCUGAAUAUUUUAUAUUAAAAGGUUUUGCCUUCUAUGCUCAUGUUUCUUGUUAUC